UUCACAGUGAUUGACUUUUGAUGAAAAAUGAAGAUUCUUGAUUGCAAAAGAGAAAACAGAGAUUCCUUCAUCUUCUGUAAUGCAGAUGGUACAUGUGCCCUAAAUCACAUCCUCCAAGAAUCUCUGUACCCUCUUCUUUAAACCCAUUCGGACCCACUCUAUCUAUAUUCUCUACCUUAACCCCAACAUCCCUAUUUUUAUUUGUUUUUUUGCUGCUAUAUAAACCCUCCAAUCUCUUCUUCAUCAAUCAUCCACUUCCAAAACCCUAAACUACACCAACAAACUAAAACAGUAGUCAUUUAUUAUAACACAUUAUUUAAAAAUGUCAGGAGUUUGGGUAUUCAAAAACAAUGGAGUAUUUAGGUUGGAGAAUCCUGGAGCUGAAGAGGGGAGGCAAGGAAGUGUCUCGUCGAGAAGAAAUAAGGUUUUGGUGCAUUUGCCGAGCGGUAAAGCUGUAACAUCCUACUCUUGUCUGGAGCAAAUCCUGAGAGGUUUAGGUUGGGAGAGGUAUUACGGAGGAGACUCUGAUCUCCUCCAGUUCCACAAGCGCUCUUCCAUUGACCUAAUCUCUCUUCCGUGGGAUUUCUCAAAGUUCAGUUCUGUUUACAUGUACGACAUAGUGAUCAAGAACCCUCAUGUCUUCCAUGUCCGUGAUAUGUAACCAACCUAGCUACCUCCUCAUUUAUAUAUUAGUCUCUGUAUAACAAUGCUUUGAAUUUAAAUUGCUUAUGUGUUCUGUAAAAAUGUGAAGUCAACUAGCUAGCAAGGAAGCUGGGAUCGGGAUUUUUACAAUAAAGUGGAAGCUGUACUAAAAUAUG